AAAAACCAAACUUCCCUCCCUUCCCUCGUUUUCUCCUUUUUUCCAUUUCCACAUAGCACUAACCCCUUCCUACCCCGCACCCCACCCCCUACCUACCCACCCCACCCCACCCCCACCCCCUAUGUCGGAUUCUGCGGCGGCGCCACCGUCUGUUCAGUCAUCAUCAGCCGGUGUAAAGGGGAGUAAUCAGAUCUGUGAACCGAUGAAAAGAUACUUACCGUUUGGUUGUAUGAAGGCGCCGUUUGUUGGAAAUGAAGAUUACCAUCGGUUUUGUACACCUGGGGUUGUUGAUUCUUCGAGAAUUGAUAGUUUAAAGCCUGAUGCUAUUGUUGUUAAGUCACCUGCACUAAAGCGGAAGACGGGCUAUAUUAAAGAAGUUGAGUCCAGUAUCUGUACUGCUAAUUCCGGGUAUGCCGAUGUAGCCAAUAGUCCACUUGGAACACCUGUGUCUGGGAAAGGAGGAAGAGCACAUGGACAGUUAAGAGCCACAAAAAGUAAUAAAUCUGGACCUCCAACUCCUGCGUUUAAUGCUGGUUCUCCUUCUCCUCUUACACCUGCAAGCUGCCGCUACGACAGUUCAUUGGGUCUUUUAACCAAGAAAUUUAUCAACUUGAUCAAGCAUGCUGAAGACGGUAUGCUUGAUCUUAACCAAGCUGCAGACACUUUGGAGGUGCAGAAAAGAAGGAUCUACGAUAUAACAAACGUACUUGAAGGAAUCGGUCUUAUUGAAAAGAAGCUCAAGAACAGAAUACAAUGGAAGGGUGUCGAUGCUUCUAAACCUGGAGGUGUGGAUAAUGAUGCCGCCAUUCUAAAGGCCAAUAUUGACAGCCUUUCAAUGGAGGAGCGAAGACUGGAUGAACGAAUUAGAGAAAUGCAAGAAAAGUUAAGGGAUAUGAGUGAAGACGAAAACAACCAAAGGUGGCUUUUUGUAACUGAAGACGAUAUAAAGAGCCUGCCUUGCUUUCAGAAUGAGACCCUAAUAGCAGUUAAAGCUCCUCACGGCACCACCCUGGAAGUCCCCGAUCCUGAUGAGGCUGUCGACUAUCCACAGAGGAGAUAUAGAAUUAUACUCAGAAGCACAAUGGGUCCGAUUGACGUCUACCUUGUCAGUCAAUUUGAGGAGAAGUUUGAGGAGAUGAAUGGUUUUGAACCGUCAACGACCAUCCCAGAUGCUUCAAGUUCAGGCUCAAAGGAUUAUCCAGCCGUGGAGAUAUCAACUGUUUCAAACAACGUUACUGAGAAUGAAGGACAAACACAAAAUGUUGAUCAAUUGAGUUCUGAUGUCGGUACUUCACAGGAUUACGGUGGUGGAAUGAUGAAGAUUCUCCCUUCAGAUGUUGAUGACGCGGCAGAUUACUUGUUCCUAUCAGAUCCAAAUGUUAGCAUGACCGAUAUGUGGAAGAAUGAUUCUACCGUCUGGGAUGGGGAAAGCUUGCUCCGUGAUUUUGAAAUAGACGAUCUAGCUAGUCCACGGCCACACACUCCCUCUUCUAAUGCUGACGUACCAGCUCCAAUGAACAUUCCACCAAGAUGAUAUAGGCUCUACCUCGAGUCUAGCAGGUAUGACAUACAACUGACCACUCCCGCCACCUAGUUGAGAUCCUGACCGAUCUCUCGUCCUACCUGCAUGAGGUCCACUACGAGCACCUGAAUCACCUUUUCCGUUCUUACUCAUUCUCUCCUUAAAUCGCUAAGGGCUCUGGACGGUCUUACUUUCACAAAACCAAACGAUAGAGACUUUGUACAGUUGCGGAAUCUGCUUGAACCCGUUGUCAUGGUUUAUACUCGUAACCAAACAGAGCCGCACAGAAGGCGCAACAGAUGGAGUUAAAAGUACGCGAAGGAACUGUCGAUUAUUUAUAAAAUAUAUUAUGAUGGCAUUUUUUAAACACUUUGUGCAAUUUUGGUUUGAGAUAGCACAACAUUGAAGUGUUCUUUGGAUGUUCAAUUCUCAACCAUAUGAAUUCUGCAGAUACAGUUUAUAGAAUCUUAAUAUUAUCAUCAGAUAUUACAUAGUCCUCAAUUUGGA